UGAGGCCCGCCGGGUGGCGCGCUCCUGGACUCUCGGCGACUGCGGCUCCGGAGCGCGGCGGCGGCACGAGUUCAGGUUUAAAAAAAGUCUCUUGAAGGAAUAUCCCCAUCCAGUUUAAUUGCAUAAUGUCUAAUACCUGUUGGAUUUUAAAUUCAGCCAGAAACAGCAUUGCUACCUUACAAGGAAAAGGACAUUUGUAUUCGAGAUAUAUCCACAACAGGAAUACAUGGAAAGUUUUUUCCUCAGGACUAUUUAAAUCACCAGCAGUACAUUAUGGACCACACAAUAAUGGCUUUUUUCUGCAAAAAGCUUUCAGGCACACAUCCACUGAAGAAGACUUUAAUUUGCAGCUCACACCUGCUCAGAUAAGUGAAAUCUUGAGAGCUGGUGAAUCAUCACAUAAAAUUCUCUCAUAUGCGAGCAAAUUUCCUAAUCCGGUCUUGAAGUUUGAAAGUAACCAGUUGGCUGCCAACGCUCCAGUGGAGGAUCGUCGGAGUAUGGCAUCUUGCCUUCAAACUAAAGGAAUGAUGUUUGGUGUCUUUGAUGGGCAUGGGGGCCAUGCAUGUGCUCACGCAGUAAGCGAAAGGCUCUUCUAUUACGUGGCAGUGUCCUUGAUGUCUCAUGAAACCCUGGAGAUGAUGGAGAAUGCCAUGGAGUGUAUGAAACCGCUCCUGCCCAUCCUGCACUGGUACAAGCACCCAGGUGACAAUAUUUACAGGGAAGUUACUUCCAUGCACUUUGACCAUCUCCGGGUCUACUGGCAAGAACUGCUUGACCUCCGUAUGGAAAUGGGGCUCAGCAUCAAGGAAGCUUUAGCUUAUUCCUUUCAGAGACUGGAUUCUGACAUCUCUCUGGAAAUCCAAGCUCCCUUGGAGAAUGAAAUGUUAAGAAACCUCUCCUUACAGGUUGCGUUUUCUGGUGCAACAGCAUGUAUGGCUCAUGUUGAUGGGAUUCACUUGCAUGUGGCGAAUACUGGGGACUGUCGUGCUAUACUUGGGGUACAGGAGGAAAAUGGAGCAUGGUCUUGUCUGCCCCUUACUCGAGACCAUAAUGCCUGGAACAAAUCUGAGCUCUUAAGGCUAAAGAAGGAACACCCAGAAUCUGAGGAGAGGACUGUGAUCAUGGAUGACAGGCUUUUGGGUGUUCUCAUGCCUUCUCGAGCAUUCGGCGAUGUCCAGUUAAAAUGGAGUAAAGAAUUGCAGCAGAGUAUCCUUCAGAAGGGUUUUGAUACUGAGGCUUUAAAUAUUUAUCGGUUUACGCCUCCUAACUAUCACACACCACCUUAUUUGACUGCAGAACCAGAAAUCACUUACCACAAAUUGAGACGCCAGGAUAAAUUCCUUGUUUUAGCUUCUGAUGGACUGUGGGACUUGCUGCGGAAUGAGGAUGUGAUUAGGCUUGUGGUGGAGCACCUUCAAGAGGCCAGUAGGCCUGAACUGACUGGGAAACCAGCUAAUCUGGGCCUAAUGCAAAGCCUGUUACUUCAAAGAAAAGCUAAAGGCCUCCAUGCCCCUGAUCAAAAUGCAGCCACUCACCUUAUAAGGCAUGCCAUUGGAUGCAAUGAAUAUGGGGAGAUGGACCAGGAGAGGCUUGCUGCCAUGUUGACAUUGCCCGAAGAUUUAGCACGAAUGUAUAGAGAUGAUAUCACAGUUACUGUGGUUUAUUUUAAUUCUGAUUCAGUUGAGAUGUUUCAUAAGGGAAGUGAAUGAGCUCCUUUCUGUCCCUCCUCCCAUUACAUUUAAAUGUUGAUUUAAAUGUUAGGAUAUAAACAUUUUUUAUUUAAAUUGUCAUACUUGAACUGUUAGAAAUGGAAAGUGAUACAAAUAGUUUGCUAACUUCUAAUAGAGGCUAAAAUUGAACAUACAAGUUAAAGACAGUGUUCUAGAUUGUAUCUGUUUUCAUAAGCACAAAAGAACCUCAAUUUGAGGUCAGAACAUAGCCUAGUUUAGCAAAUAGCUGUGUUUUUGUAUUUUGAGUAUUUGAAUUGAGGAAAUUGAGACCCUGAAUAAUGCUUGGGGCUUGAGUUGUGUAAAAAACUUGGGUCACUAUGUAGUAUUUUCACAUUACUGUUGAAAUAUGAAAUUUAAGUCACUUUGCUUAAAUGAAUUAUUACAGGAUCAAUUUAGGUUAUCUCUAUACUUGUGAACUUGAUAAUUCUCAAAGUCAUGAUUCAUGGUUAGAUUUAAUGGGCUAUGAAGGAAGUUAAUAUUACUGAGCGGUUUGUAAAGCAUAGUUAUAACACCCUUGUUCAGUAUUAUAUUUAUUUUGUUAAUACUUGUGCAUACAUUUUGUAAUGACAUGUUCUAUUUAUUUUUUAGACUCUAGAAAAUUGUAUAGAAACUUAUGUAGAUCUCUGCAUGUAUCUAAUCUCACUUUUGCUAAGGUUUUCAUGUCAAAGGCACUUUUGACAAUAAAGGUACCUUUUAUUUGUAGAACCUUUUAUUCACCCUCACUUCUCCAAGAGUAGAGAAUAAUUGUGCAAGUGAAUUCUAGCUUCUGGCAGAGACUUUAGUAGGCAUAAUUUCCCUUGUUUUAACUUAAAAGAUCUAAUACUCCAUGAAGCAUUCUCUUCCUGCUUUCAGCUAUCAGGGUUAGUCUGUUUAUCUCUGUUACUUUGACCAUGCCUUCUUUUUGUUGUUGCUGGAAAAAUGAUGUGGAGGGGAGAAUUCUACAUCUUUUUCUUGCUUUCUGAAGAGCACUUGAAGGAGGAAAUGGAGUGUUGGAUAAAUCAGGACUUGCUUUUCGGUUUUAUGAAAAGGAGCAGGUUUUCUUAAGAGUUUCUAAAUUGGGAGUCUCCCUUAUGGAAAUACUAGCUCAUUCAUCUGUUCAGAUGUAUGGAAUUUAUGAAACAUAAAGGUGUUAUUAAUCUCUAAAUCCCUUGGGAAUCCUAGGUCAUCAGAAGUGGAAGAACUGAGACAAGAUCUUUCAUGAAUUGGACCUUGUAUGAUAGGGGAUUGCAAAGGAGGUACUGAAAGAUCAAAUGACUUGUUCAAAGUCAUAGGACUAAAAAAAUGUCUAAGUUUAAAAGCAGGUCUUUUCAAUCUCCACUAUAGCCCUGGGCAUGCUGCUUCUAAUUCCAUAUUUGAUUCUCAUUUCAAGUCAAAUCCCAUACUUUUUAGAAUUUUUAGCUCCUUCAUUUUACAAAUAAACAAUAACCUGAGGUUGAAGAGUUAGGAAGUGACUUGCUUUAAGUCUAUUUUAAGUUGGUAGCUUAACUCUGCCUAGGAUAGUAGUCCUGGGGAGUGAUGGUUUGGACUAGGGACAAAAUAGUCAACCUAGUCUGCUCACUUCAGGAGAUAGUCUUCAGCUGGCUGUUCUUAAAGAGGCUGGCUGUUAACUUGGCCUAUCCUAUCUUAAUAUUAUCUAAUGCUGAGUGAAAAUUAAAAGGCAGUUGAGGUGAAGUUGUAUAUACUUUAAAUUAGUGUUCCACUCAUGUUUACCAGGAUUUCAUGAUGAUUUAACUGGUCAUUCCUUUUUAUGCUCUCCCUAUUCCCCAUCAUGAAACUUCCUAGCAAGGGAUGUUCAUUGUAACUUGAGGGACCCAAGGAGUGUAAAUGAAUUAGGACAAACUCUAAAAUUUUGAGAAACCAGAAACCAAAGGCUUGAAAUAAUAUCUGUUACCUUCAUCCUCCCUUCAGAGAUAAAUUCCCUACAAAUUGUUGAUGUUCUAUGUCUUGGGCAUUAGCUUCCCAUCCACUUUGGGUCUCUAGAGUGGCUUGUGGCUUAUGGCUUUUCCAAAUGGUUUUGUUAGAUUAUUGCAAUCCUUGGCCACUUAUUCUAUACUGGAAGGUAUGUGGCCUAUUUUAGUUUUAACAUAGAUUUGAUGCUAUAAGUACUCUGUGUCUAAUAUAUUUAUCCAGAAGUAACAAGUAACUCUCAUUUAUUCACUUAGGCAAAUAAAAUUUGAUCCCUGAUAACCUUGAUAGCCUUAAAAUGUCAAUUAGUGUGGCUUGCCUUAAUUUACUUUCUUCAAGACAAGGGUCAAGGACCUUUAUUUCUGGAUGUUUCUGACUUCUCUAGUUUGACAAGAAAAUAGGAAUUUUCCUGUUGAAACAAUUGAGUGUGCUGCUAAUACUAAUUUAAUUCAUAGAACUACCCUUUUAGCUUGCUAUUUUUAGAGGUUGGGGAAAGGGUCUUUAAAAAAUUAUUAAAAUUAGUCUUAGAGAUUGAGGCAUACCUGACCUGAGCUUAGCUCUUGGAAUUAUAAAUAAAUACAGUAAGCAAUUUAUUGAAUAAUGUGAUAUAGAUCAAUAUCCGUAAGAAUCCAGACAAUUGCAAUCAUGCACUUUGCAAACGGAUACUGAAGAUCCUUUCUUCUGCCUCUGGUACAUUUUCUUAAUGUUGCAAUCUUGAAUCUGGAAGGACCGACAAAAAGAGAUGGCUUGCAGCCAUUGUGGUGGUUUUUUGUCCAACUUGCCAAAUGUCUGUAGAUGUCAAGCAAAAGAUUUUUGUUCUAGAACAAUAGAGCCUUUGGGUUAAAAAUUGGAAUCGUGUCUCUUAGAAAACUUGAGCCUGAUCAAAAUGCACUCGGCUGAUUUACCUUCUCUGGUUUGUGUUGGAACUAGAGGACUGGGAAGUUAGUAAAGUUCUUAGAGAGGACUCUAUAGUAUAUUGGACCAUGUUUCUCAAGCUUGUUUUUAGAUCUUUCAAGAUCUUGUAUUUUCAGUAGUGGUAAAGUAGGAUUCAAAUGGUGUUGAAAGUUUGUUUUAAUUUGAUAUAGAAUGUGCAAGUAUAAUUUGGUGCUUAACAUGUUCCUAAAACUGCACAUGUAAAAAACUCAGGUAGUGUUUACAAUAAUCCAUAGGAAUUGUUUUAUUACAAAUAAUUUUAUUCAUUGGUUACUGAUAAUGAUAGCAAAAAACUUGGUCAGGAAUGAUUGUACUAAUUCAAAGUUCCAACUAAUAUAGCCAAUUAAGUUACUUAGCUCUCCAAACAAAGCUUUGUGAUACUGCUAACCUGUGUAUAGAAGCACAUAAUGAAUAAGCACAUUCUAAAUUAGGGAAUGCUUUUUUCCAAAAUUUGAUAAGAUUUAAAUGUGAUUUAGAAGAAGAGAUAUCUGAUUUAUUAGUAAACAUUAAAUAAAUUCUUUCAUGACAUAGAUAAAAGUUUAGGACAAUUUUUCUGAAUAUGAUGAAAAAUUGAAAACUAGUUGAAAACUAGACGGUUCCAUUAAUACGAAUGUAGUAAUAGCACUAACUUUGCUGAUAAUUUCUAAACACAGGACAGUACAGCAUUUCCUUAACUAUUUUUAGAAGUCCAGAUAAUUACCAAUAUUUGAGUCACAAUAACUCAGUAAAAAUCCUUUGAAACAUUGGUUUAGGGGAAAACAGUAGCUGUUACAGAUCUCUUAUUAGUUGGGAGAGAAAUGUCCUUAUCACUGUGAAUGUGAAAUGUGAUUUGACCAGAUAAAGGCUAAUGAAGCACUUUCUAAUAGACUACAUAUCUUUUAUCUCCAAAUUCCUCAGGCAUCUAUCAGUUUAGCUUGCCAUGGAGAAAAACAGUUGUCUUAUUUUGUUAAAAAUUUACUGCGUGGGGGAAAUGAUCAACAAUGUUCUGAAUUCUGAAAUUUGUAUUUGUUAUAUACAAAUGUUCAUAUAAUGCUGAUUUUUUUUUUCUAACUUGCAGAUAUUUAAAUGAGCAACUUGUAAAUAAAGUGGCAAAACUAA